AUGGCAGCUAGAAAUGCUAUACAAUUUAGAGGAGCAGCACCAAAGUCAGAUGCUGCUAAAAGUAAAGGAGCUAACAUAUCGAGAAAAAGAUUCAAAGGUGUUUUAAAGGAAUGUGAAACACUUCUCAGAACCAUGGGGGUAAGAUGUGUCAAAGGUAGAGGCGAGGCAGAAGCUACUUGUGCAAGAUUAAAUGCUAAAGUAGUAUCUCAAGACUCUGAUUGUUUUGCAUAUGGUGCAAAGCUUGUAUAUCGGAACUUUAGUGUGUCAAGUUCUGCCGGAGGUGGUGCCAUGCAGGGCUCUGUUGACUGCUAUGAUGCUCAAAAGAUGUUCCAGAGUAUUGGGUUUGGGCGAAAGAAAAUGGUGGCACUAGCAUUGUUGUGCGGCUGUGAUUAUGGACUUGGAGCUUGUGGGUCUGCAAUAACCACUGUUGUUUCAUUCCUGCAUACAUUAUCAGAAGACGAGGCUAUACAUAGGUUGCUAAACUGGGUUAGCGAUCCAGAGCACUACGAGAAUCAAAACCGUUGGGUCUCGACGCCCGGUCGCUGCGACCGCUGCGGCCACAUGGGCCGUACUCACAUGAAGAAUGGUUGUCCUGUGUGUGUCACACAUAAAGGAUGUACGGAUACUGGACACAAGUCCAAAGUAUCGGAAGUAAAACGUGAACUAUCUCUUCGGAAUCGCGCCCUGUCGUCCGGAAUGCCGUUCCCUGAACCGAAAGUUAUGAAGGAAUUCCUGGAUACCACACCAGAAGAUAUAGAUCUAGACAGCUUGAAGACUCCGACUCCGAGUUUAAUUCAAUUUGUGAAAAUCAUGUCGAAUAAAUUGGACUGGUCCGAGCGGUACUGUGUAGAGAAAUUCUUGCCGUUGCUAACAAAAUGGCAUCUUCAAGAGUACGUGCCCUGUAGAACUAUAAAACCGAUCGAGAUAAAGAAGAAAAGAAAUCCGAGAGGCGUCCCUAGCUAUGAAGUUUUAUGGACGGAUAUCAGUGGCCAGUACGAAGCUCUCAUACCAGAUAAUCAGUUUGAAGAGGGAGAAGACACAUUAGGACCGUGGAUAUCGACAGAACGCCAGGCUCUUAUGCGACGGUAUUACCCGAAUUUAGUAGAACAGUAUGAAGAAUCCAUUAAAAAACCACCAAAAGAAAAAAAGACCAGAAGUCGAAAAAAGAAAGAACAGCCAAAAGAUCAAAGUGAUAAACCAAAAAGAAAAUAUAAUAGAAAACCUAAAAAACUGCAAGAUUUCGCUAUGUCAAAUUUGAAUGAAUCUUUAAAAAAUAUGAGCCUAUCUAAACAGUCUGAUCCGAAUUCAAGCAAAUUACAAGUCAGCGUCUGCGUAAAUAAACUAAAAAGGAAAUUGAGAAAAGCUAACACAAUUGAAAGUUAUUUAAGACCUUGCAAAAAGAGAAAAUCUAAAAAAGACUCAUUCAACCACAGUAUCAAGAAUUUAUCAAUGAAAAAUUAUUCUAUGCGUAAGUUAUUAGAAGGCAAAGAGAAUUUACAUGGAAAUCUCGGUUUAAGCAUUUUAGAUAUGAGCUGUGAGGGUCAAGACAGUGACCUAUCGGAUAUAGUCGAUCAAAUCGUUUCCAGACCUCAAAAAGUUACAACGGCCAAAGUAAAUAGCAAUUUCGUUAAACUUAUCUUUGAGAGUAAACAAAUGAAAACUAUUAUUAAUCAAAGAUUUAAUCGGAACUGUUCUACACCCAAAAGCAGUCCGGCUAAAAGUUUUCCUGAUAUGAAAUGUAGUAGUUCUAUUUCAAAAGCAAAUACGAGUCAUUUCUUUGAUAAAUUAACGGACGAGCGCGAUGCCUUUGAAAUUUCCAUAGAGUACAAACACAAGAGUGCGGUUAUUUUAGAUUGUGAUUCUACUUUGGAUUAUAGUUUACCGGAUGUUUGUUUA